CAAGUCCUGAUCAAUGACAAAUAUGACUCUGGCCUUCCGCUAGGCAGAGCGGCUCGGGUCUUUUCUCCAGGUAUAUACCUGGUAACUGGACGACUAGGAUGCAAGCCCCUCCUUUUAUGCUCUGCUAGAAUUUUAUGAAUGAACGAAGACUGUACCAUCCGCGGAGGGGGAGGGGGGCAGACUGACAGCCACACAGGCCUACAUUUCGGCUUAAAAAAAAGUAUUAUUUUUACAUUUUCCUAUUGUAUAUAUCCUACGUUAAUUAUAACAUACAUCUCUUACAUUUGGUCCUAAUCCCAUCACAGUACGAUGCCAAUGGCAGCCUUCACUCCAAUUCACAAAUAUCGGCUUCAUAUGAAUGUAAUGUGGGGUGAGAAACGUGAGCCUAUUUAUAAAUACAGAUAUGUGAUCAUUUCCUGGGCGAUGAAAACUUGAUGUUCUGCUGCAUCCAUUUAAUCAAGGGUGAAAGACACUUCAUCGCAACAUUAAAAUCCCACCACAUCCACCUAUUUUGUUUGGAAAUGUAAAUCUAAUUUGCAAGGUCGACGCGACGCAUUCUGCAGGACCUUUGCAAAACAAAGCAGCUUGUGUCGUCUUUAUUUAGCCUACAUACUUCCCUCGCGUACAGCAAUUUAAUUUCCUCCCCCAUUUCAUUGUCUUGAAACAUACCCCCAUAUAUUUUAUAAUUGAGGUCUGGCUAACCUCAGAAAUAUGGGGCUGCCUUCAUCCACAGAUACGAAUCGGUGGCUGCUAGCAGACAUAAUGAAAUGAUGCUGAAUUGUUUACUUGGGGAGGAGGAGGUGGUGAAGGAGAGGUUGGACAUGUGGGGGCGGAGAAGACACGUGACAUGACCCGGAACUGGAGGGAGGAGACCGAAGUGGGGGCGGGGGCUGCGUGUGACAGGAGCAGCAGCAUCAUCAUCCUUCACACUCAUUACAAUAAAGAGACUAACAGCAUGAAUACAGUUUUCCUGCUGAUACCAGUCCUUCUUCUGGACCCGGUGGUUUCUAUUACUUUCUACCUGCCGGCCAACUCCUGGAAAUGUCUACAAGAUGACAUCCACAAAAAUGUGCUGGUCUCAGGCGAGUAUGAAGUCAGUGAGGACCCACACACUGUGACUGAUCUGAGGAUCACUGACUCUUUAGGUGGCAGGUUGUACAACAAGGACAACGCCACAAAGGGGAAGUUUUCAUUUGUAACACAAAAUCACGACCAGUUUGACGUUUGCUUCAGCAGCACAGCUCCAUUGGGCAGUGGCAGGGUCAAAGACCAAGUGAUCACACUGAACGUAAAGCACGGCGUGGACGCAAAGGGCUAUGAAGAGAUUGAAAAACUGGAGAAACGGACCCCCCUUGAGGCGCAGCUACGACAUCUGGAGCGCCUCUCGCAGUCCAUUGCAGAUGACUUCAUCCUCUUGAAGGAACGAGUGAGAGACGUGCGACAAACAAAUGAGUCCACCAAUGAGAGCGUGCAGCUCUUCAGCAUCCUCUCCAUCUGCUGUUUUCUUGCGCUGGCCACAUGGCAGAUUUUCUACUUGAGACGAUUCUUCAAGAUCAAGAAGCUGAUUGAAUGAAUAUGUUUUUCCACAAGCCUGAGGGAUACUGCAGGACUGCAAGUUUGGGGACAUUUACAUGGUUGCCACAAUGUGCCUUUUGCUGCGUUUCUGAUGAUGCGUCACAUUUCGUCAAUGUUUACUUGAAGGGUUCAUUUGCAAAAACAGAUAUGUCCAUUUUUAUUUUCCAAAAUCUUGUUGUUUUUUUUUAUUGUGCAGUCAAGGGAAUAUCAAUCAAACUGUUGCUGGUGUACUCAUUUUAAAGACACCUUUUUAUUUUAGUGUUUCCUCUUUUAGUGUAUUUGCAAAAUGUAAUGUUUCUGAAAAUAUGUUAUUUAUAUAAAUAGCAAAGUCUUCCUAUGAAUUCACAGGUGCAUCAUAAAUAAAAUGUUUCAGAGUUUGAA